AUAUAUAUAUAUAUAUUCCAUCUCAACGGGUCUCCAAGCACUAAUUUGAUCGAUCUCCUGUAUAUAUAUAUCUUCCAUCUCAACAGGUCUCUAAGCACUAAUUUGAUCCAUCUCCUGGCCAUUGAGAGAAGGACAGAGGUUUUCUAGAGAGAGAGGGGUUUUCGAGGGAGAGAGAGAGGGGUUUCUUAGAGUGAGAAAGAGAUUGGGAGAAGAAAAAUUCCUAGAGAGAGAUUUUUAGAGAGAGAGAGAGGAUGGAUCCUGCAUCAAAGACGAAGAAGGGAGCAGGAGGAAGGAAAGGAGGGCCAAAAAAGAAGCCAACGUCGAAAUCUGUAAAGGCGGGGCUUCAGUUCCCAGUGGGUAGGAUCACUCGUUAUUUGAAGAAGGGGAGAUAUUCUCAGAGGGUUGGAAUAGGGGCGCCUGUUUAUUUAGCUGCUGUUCUUGAGUACCUCGCUGCUGAGGUUCUAGAGCUUGCUGGUAAUGCUGCGAGGGACAACAAGAAGAGCCGCAUAAUUCCUAGGCAUGUGUUGUUGGCCGUUAGAAAUGAUGAUGAGCUUGGCAAGCUCUUGGCCGGGGUCACCAUUCCUCAUGGUGGGGUUCUCCCCAACAUAAAUCCUGUCCUGCUUCCAAAGAGGUCUCACAAGCCUGAAACGCAAGAGCCCAAGACACCAAAGUCCCCUGCAAAGAAGGCUGCUUGAUUCUUCACCUUCUUGCCUGUAAUUUGUUGUAUGCUGUAGUUUUCCUUUCUGUUUCUUUUCUUCUUAAGACUUGACUCUGUAUUGACUGGAUUCUCAUGUCUCUAUGAUGCAAACAAUGGUUUGUCUUCAAUUGACUGGAUUCUCAUGUAUCUAUAAUGCAAACAAUGGUGUUUCUUUAAU